UGCAGUUAUUGCAGCGUUUCGACGGUUGUGCUUCCGACAGCGGGAGAGACGAAGUCGUGUCUAGCCUCUACUUUCAGCACUUUAACCCGCCGGCUUGGCUUGUACAACUGCCAGGUUAUUCAGCGAUACAGAAGAGGACUUACUUUGUUUACACUUGACUUUUAAUAAUGCCUCGGGGUGGAAAAAGGGGCCACAAAGGCAGAGGGAAGCAAUUUAGCAACCCAGAGGAGAUUGACAGACAGAUGAAAGCGCAGAAAGAGUUGGAAGAAAAUCCUAAUGCAGAGAAGGAGACCUCUGACAACUCUGAUGAAGAGAGCAGCAGUGAUGACGAAUCUGAUUCCAGAAAGAGGAGUGGAGUAGAGGGGCUUAUCGAGAUUGAGAAUCCCAACCGUGUGUCUCAGAAGAGCAAGAAGGUGGCCGAGGUAGAUGUCACUGCUCCCAGAGAGCUGUCUCGCAGGGAACGAGAGGAGAUAGAGAAGCAGAAAUCAAAGGAACGCUACAUGAAGCUCCAUCUUGAGGGGAAGACUGAGCAGGCCAGGGCCGACUUGGCCCGACUGGCCAUCAUCAAGAAACAGAGGGAGGAUGCUGCCAAGAAGAGAGACGAUCUCAAGAAAGAUAAAGAUGAUGAUACCAAAGCAAAGCGCUAGUCCUCCAUCUGAAAAUUUCAACAUGCACUUCAGUCUCAGAAGGAUGGAGAGAGAAGGAGAUCUGGAGGAGGACAACAGGGAGGGGGACCAAUACGAGUGGCAUCAGAUCAGGGGUGAUCCUGAACUCCUGUCCCUUAUUUCAAAUCACAGGGGCGUGGGUCUUCCAUAACAGCGUGGUCAGGACGGGGCAAACAGGUGGAUUUAAGUGAGCUGAAGAGGAAUGCAACAUUUGGGAUGCCUCUAGUUUUCUUCCUCGAGGAGACAGUCGCAGGCUUUCCAUGUGCUUCACUGCCUCUUAACUCUUCCCCACCCACCAGUGUUUUAAUUCUGAAGCUGCUGAAGUUAUUUCCAUUGACUCAAACAUUUGUACACAUUUGUACACUAAUAUAAGUUUACUUAAUGACUGAACAGCUUUUAAAGUAACUCGUUUAUGGGGAUAUAUUUGGUGCUUUGCUUUUCCUUCCAUCUCGCCUGAUUUGUAAGAAGGCAAAUCAGUGACAGAUGGAGAGAAAGAACACUAUUCGUAGGAUAAAGUGAUAUAUAAGAGUUAUACAAUGUAAUUGAGUAUUUGUGGAUAUUUUGCACAAGACAUUGGUAUAAUUUUCUAAAGAUUUGAGUUUUUUAUUUUCCUGCAGCAUCCAAACAUCUUUCUUCGCAAGCCUCCUGGUGUUGAUUUUGUCUUUUUUUUUUUUUUUUUGAUCAUCUCUUUUAAUUUGGAAAUGUACAGUUAAUAAUCUGUCCUCCUAUCACAAUGUGUCUAGAACAUAUUUAGUUUACUUUGGAUUUUCAUGGAUCUUUUCUCCAAAUUUACACUUUGCUCAAUUGAAUCAUCUUUUUCAUCAAAAGUGUUUCAGAACGGGUUUUGUAAUCCUUUGCUCAGAGCACUUGACAUAUUACUUGAAUUGCCUUUAAUAAGCAUUUUUAAGUUGUUGAACAUCCGUGUUGGAAAGCGCUGUCCCAAACGCUUCAGUAACUGUGGCCUGCCUUUCUGUUGGGGUCCUCUGUGGUUCUAUAGGAGGGAUUGUGUCUUCUGUUGCCUUUACAAAGUUUACACAAGACCCGUUCACUGUCUUUCUCCUGUGAUUAAAGUCCUACAAAGAACCUA